UUGUUUCGUAAUAAUUGGAAACUAGGAAGAGCAGUCGAUGUUUUCUAAGAAAUAUAAACGCACAAGGAUUUACUUUUACUUUUAUUUUCUAAUUACAUCUGACAUCUGCAUCGCACACUUUAUUCUAACAAUGGAAAGCCUUUCACUACGUUGGCUUUCCUUCUUUGUGCUAACGAGCUUUUUUGAUCCUGUCAACAUGCAGUCAACAGUUCUGCUUGAUGCCAACGACGGUCAGUUCGGCGUUCAGUACAGCAACUCUACAUUUCCGAACGCUAGUAGUAGCGUUUUAUUCCAGUAUAGAUACAACAUAUCACAAGAGACUGUAGCUGUACGUAUCACAGCCGCCAGUCCCAAUGCUAGUCAGAUGUUCCCAGUGAUGUUUGUGAUAAGGGAACGGAUGGAUGUCUUGUCAUGGCAGAUUCCUCUUGUAUUGAGGGACAUAUAUGAAUACACCAAUGUCAGUAGGACAUUGUGUCCAGUAUUUGUGAGCACAGACUUGUACAGAGUAUCCACUGAGAUGUUUACAGUCGGCAUUUCCUCACAAUCAAACAUACCCAUGUCAUUCACUUUGAUGGCUGAAAUUCUUCAAGACUUCACCAUUCAAGAUUCUAAGACAGUAGUGGUCUCUGCAUCUAAUCCAGUUUACUACAUGUAUACCUUUCCACAAGGAGUGGACUCAGUUCUCAUCCGAGCAACAUCCAAAGACAAAACAUGUGCUGUCCUGUCUAUUCAGGAUAUCAAGUGCCCGGUGUUUGAUCUUGACACUGAUGUGAAAUACCAGGGCAAGUACCAAACCAUGACAACGCAAGGAGCCAUCACAGUCACCCGAGAGAACUACCCAAGGGGGCGCCUGUACAUUGUAUUGGUGAUGCUACCAGACAGAAGUGAGUGUGAUCAGACUGCAAUACAAACCAUACUUCCAGCAGGACAAACCCAGGCACAGAAACAGAUAGCCAUCACUGUGAAGAAAACAAUCCCAACUUCCCAGUACUACAAGGCCGUCCUGGCUGCCAUUGGAGUGUUUGUGUCUUUCUACGUGGCUGCCCUGAUAAUAGGCAUCUUCUAUCAUGGGUGCCAAAGGGGUUGGGGUAUCAUACCAUCAGAUUUGCCUAGAGCAGGAAACGAAAAUUCAGAGUUGCUGGAGAGCCCAGUCAUGGCGAGUGGUUACGGUGCAAUUCAACCCCAGGUGACAGGAGCAGACAGUCCAGGAAGCUCGCGGGGUGGGGUAGAAGCUAACCGUGACAACGAGUCUGUCAGCUCGCUGAACUCAGACGAGUACGACAAGGUGGACGAUGCAGACCAGGACAAAAACAUCUUCAGAACAAAGACACAGAUGUUUGUAUGUGACCUGGCUAGGAAGAGUGCACACAAGCGAGACAAAAAUUACAAUCUUUAUUUAAAGAGCCUGUUAACCAUAGCCAUCUUCUAUGGCCUGCCAGUAAUUCAGCUGGUGAUGACCUAUCAAAAGGUGCUAAACUUCACAGGGAACCAAGAUAUCUGCUACUACAACUUUGUUUGUAUGCAUCCGUUGGGACAGGUCAGUGCCUUCAACAAUAUCUUCAGUAACAUCGGCUACAUGAUGUUGGGGAUUCUCUUCCUGAUUCUUGUCUACAGGAGGGAAUAUCUUCAUAGGAAGGCAGUACAAAAAAGCAAUGACCAACAAAAGCUGUACGGGAUACCACAACACUUCGGCCUGUUCUAUGCCAUGGGACUGGCCCUGUGUAUCGAGGGAAUCAUGAGUGCCUGUUACCAUGUGUGUCCCACAGUCUCAAACUUCCAGUUUGACACAUCGUUCAUGUACAUCAUGGCCUGCCUGUGCAUCUUGAAGAUCUACCAGAACAGACACCCAGACAUCAGCGCCAAGGCUCACUCCUCGUACCUUGUCAUGGCGGCAAUCAUCAUCAUUGCUGUCAUAGGAGUGGUGUAUGGUAACAAUAUUUUCUGGAUCCUAUUUGCCAUUGCCUACAUGUUUGUCUCCCUUCUACUGAGUGUCCACAUCUACUAUAUGGGCAGAUGGAGAGUAGAUCGCAACCUCUGUCAUCGGCUGUGGUUGCUGUUGAUAUCAGACUGGAUCAAAUGCAGUCGCCCAGUCUAUAUGAAUCGAUUGAUACUUCUCAUCAUUGGAAACAUCGUAAAUUUUGGAAUAGCCAUCUACGGCAUAGUGAAGAGUGGGGGGAAAGACUUUGCCAGCUACUUGCUGGCAAUAUUUAUUGGCAAUUUGCUUUUAUAUACAACGUUUUAUAUAAUAUCAAAGCUGCUAGCUCAUGAGAAGAUUCCACGUCUGACCAUUCUGCUGAUCGUCAUGGCUGCAGUUACCUGGGCAUUUGCAUUGUAUUUCUUUGUGGCACAUCUCACAUCCUGGCAGCUGACGCCAUCAGGGUCACGAGAAGGCAAUGGGGAGUGUGUGCUGUUCGAGUUCUAUGACAAACACGACGUCUGGCACUUCCUGUCGGCUAUCAGUCUCUUCUUCUCCUUCCUGGUAUUGCUGACAUUGGAUGAUGAGCUAAUUCUUGUAAGACAAGACCAGAUACCUGUCUUCUAAAUGGCUUGCCGAUGUUGGAGAACCAAGCACCAGAACAUUGGUUCUAUCUAUAUUUUGUUAGUUUAGAGCAUAAAAACAGUAUGUUUUCUCUUAUUUAGGUACCUGUAUUUUCAACUGUAAGACUUUUAUCUUCUAUUUGAACUUUUUUAAGUGCAUAAAAACAGUAUGUAUUCUCUUAUAUAGGUACCUGUAUUUUCAACUGUAAGAGUUGUGUAUUUUAUCUAGUUGUAUUGCUAGUUUUCGGAAAAACAAUUUUCUAAUACAUGACUUACAUGCCUUACUGACCUAUCUGUGUUAAAGACUACAUUACGCAAGAUUCCAAAGACUGUAUUCAUUUACAAAAUGAGCAUUCUAACACCAUGUGAUAAAGCUAAUGUGAUUUGCUGGCGAUUUUAAUUCAUGUAGAGUAAAUGUUGAUUUGUUGAGUUGAUGAAUUUUAUUUUAAGCGUAGCCAUUUGGACAUGUAUUUACAUUACUGUUCCCGAAGGAACAAGUAUUUUUUUGUUUAUUAUUCAUUUCAUUUGUUAUAUUUAUUACUUUGUUUGUUAUUUAUGUGCAUGUACAGGUGCUUUCUAAACUGUUACUGUUUUAUUGCAGAUGUAAUGUCUCAUUUCUUUUGUGUAUAAUCACUGUAUAAGUCAGUUUUGAAAUUAAAUUGGAAGGGCACCUUAAUAUAUACUGUGAAAUCACUUACUUUAGAAAAGGAUAAUUUUUAUGCUUCUUAAUAGUUCAUAAUAGUACAUAAAAUAUUAAUCAUUUUUUUGUUAACAUGAUGUGUUAUAUUUGCAUGCUAAAUAUGCCGUUUUAGUUUGAAAUUCUCUAUAUUUUAUUCAAAUUUGCCAAAAUACAAAAAAAACAUUUGAACUACAUAUCCGAAUAUCUUUUUAAAAUAUGUAAAUAACAAUUUUGUUUGUAAUGCUUUUCUUUUGUUAUAUAAAGCGCACAAAAUGCACAAGUUAAGGCUUAACGUUCUCAUUUUGAUAGAAAUCAUUGUAGCAAAGAGAAUAUUAAGAUCUUUCCUUUCAAAAAAAAGUUUAAUAUUUUAUCAUUUUUGGCGAUUUAUAACAGUUAAUUUGGUUAACUGUUUGAAGCUUUGGAAGUUUGGUGUCACAAAAUGACAUUAUCAGAAAAAAAGGCAUGCAAUGUACAGUGUUGUUUUAAACCUUUUUAAAAAAACGCGUGCCUUUUUGACAUAUCUCUUUAUGUUAACCCCAUUAUACCCUGAAAACUAAGAGUCUAACACAAUGCACAUUGUUUUGGUUUCAAUAAGCAAGCUGUAAUAAUAAGAGAUUUCUUCCAGAUUGGGUUGUUACAUGAAUCAAUACAUGCAUUUUUGUUUUGAAAGUUGACAUAUGUGAACUAAAACUGUUUGUGAUUUUAAUUGCGCCCAAUUUGUAUCAUGCAAAUGUAAGUGAUUCCACUUUACUUAAGUAUGUCUUGUGCUGAGAAGGGACCGAUUGAUACAAAUGGCCAUGGAAAAUUGUUUUGCUCUUUUAUAUGCUUUAUUUUGAUAUGAAAAUAUUUGGGCAGUGCUCUUUGAAAAAGGUGUUUAAUGCUCAUGCGUAGUGUUGUCCCAGAUUAGCCUGUGCAGUCUGCACAGGCUGUUCAGUGACUACACUUUCCGCUUUAAUGAUAUUUUUUAUUUGAAGAAAGUCCCUUCUUAGCAAAAAUGAAGUUUAGGGGAAGUGUUGUCCCUGAUUAGCCUGUGCAGACUGCACAGGCUAAUGUGGGACGACACUUUACGUGCACACAUUAAACCCCUUUUCACAGAGCACGGCCCAUUUCAUUUCAGUACAUCUUACAUCAUGUCAAUACGGUAAUUUCUUUAAUUAUGUUAGAUAAUUUUCAAUUUUGUAAAAUAAUGUCUUGCAUUCUGUGUAAAUUGUAUAUAUUCAUUAUUAAAGAUAAAGCAUUAUAACAUUAAGUGAUUGAUUAAGUGACACACCACAGAAUGAUGAAUUAGCAAUAUUUUUGUUGUUGUUAAAUUCAAUUUUUCCUCAUGUUUUGAUAUUCAUUAAAUUCUACAAACAAGA